AUGGAUAUCAAGACAUACGUAUCAGAUUCCCUCCUUCGCCUUACUGGCGCAUCCGAUCCCACCGUCAUCGAUUUCAUCCUUGCCACGGCGUCCUCCGCAAAAUCAUCCGGCGCGUUACGAGAGAAACUGGAACCAUUCCUCGAUCCGGAAGCCGGAGAUAUUGACCCUUUCGUCUCAGAGCUAUGGUCUCGAGCUGGGAAACCAGGCUCCGGCGGGAAUUUGGAAAAACAAAAGAAGCCUGAAGCGACGGCGAAAAAGAGAUAUCGGCUGGUUGAAAUGGAAGACGAUGUGUCAGAUCAACCGGGAUUGGCACCGAUGGAUGCGGAGAAGACAAAGCGCAGGGAGCGCAAUGGGGAUAGUAGGUCGCGUGGUGACAAGGAAGAGAAAAGGAAAAGGGGUCGGGAUGCGGAAGGUUCAGGGCGUCAUCGUUCGAGAAAAUUACGGCGGAUCGAGGAGAGAGAUUUUGAAGACCGUUGGGGUGACGAACAGGUACCGGAAGAUGAAAUAGAACGCCAUGAUAGAGCUGAGGACCUUGUUGAGGGAUCCCUGGGACAACGAGAUGGUUCUCCUUCUGUAGCCUCCGUCAGCUCUGAUGCUGACGAGGGCACGAAACGCGAGAAGGCAAGACAGCGCGACCUCAAGGAACGCGAUGAAUUUGCAAAACGGCUGGCGAAGAAGGACGAAGAAAGAUCAAAAAAAAUUGUUGAAGAUCGCUCAUCCACCAAGAAUAGCGACGUAGCGCGAAGGCGUGCUUUGGCUGAAGAUGCCGCAGCGAGGGAGGCUGCCAUGCCCGAUCUCCGACUUCGCUCCCGCCAAGAGUAUCUGAAAAAGCGUGAAGCAGAAAGACUGGCAUUGCUGCGCAAGCAAGUCGCUGAAGAAACCGCCGAGUUAAGGGAGAAUCCCACACUGACCCGACGUGAAAAGGAGGAAUUCGCAAAAAAUCGCGAACUUCUUCGGCUUGCAGAAGAGAGAUCCCGAAUAGAUGACCAUAGGGAUGGCUAUAUGUUACCAGAGGAUUACAUUACAGAGAAAGGGAAGAUAGAUCGGAAACGCAAAGAAGAGGCGCUCUACAAACGCUAUGUGGACAGAGACGAACGUGGACAAGAACGAUUUGUCACGGAGCACGAGGAAUGGGAGAUUGAACAGACUUCAAAGGCGAAAGCCCAGAUUAGCAGAGCGGAAUUCGUCGAUGAGGGCGACUACGAGUACGUGUUUGAUGACGCUCAAAAAAUCAAUUUCAUUAUGGAUUCAAAACUAGAGGGCGACCGGAAACCCCUAUCAAAAGAACAGCGAUUACUAGCGCAACAAAUUGAUGCAGCCGAGAAGAAGGCCGCUUCGAUCGAAGAAACCAGGAAGAGUUUACCCAUAUACCAAUUUCGCGAGGAGUUAUUACAAGCAAUUGCUGAUCAUCAGAUCAUUAUCAUAGUUGGAGAAACAGGAAGCGGGAAGACGACGCAGAUUCCCCAAUAUCUCCAUGAAGCUGGAUAUACAAAAGGCGGCAUGAAAAUUGGUUGUACGCAACCUCGCCGUGUAGCCGCUAUGAGCGUUGCUGCUCGUGUGGCGGAAGAGAUGGGCGUGAAAGUAGGAAACGAAGUUGGGUAUGCGAUCCGUUUUGAGGAUGCAACGAGUGAUAAAACGAUUUUGAAAUAUAUGACAGACGGCUUACUCCUAAAAGAGUUGUUGACGGAACCUGACCUUAGUCAAUACGCUGCAUUGAUGAUCGAUGAAGCGCACGAACGGACAGUUCCAACUGAUAUUGCUUGCGGCUUACUCAAGGAUAUUGCCAAAGCAAGGCCAGAUCUUAAGUUGCUGAUUUCCUCGGCUACCAUCGAUGCACAGAAGUUCCAAAAAUAUUUUGAUGAUGCUCCAAUUUUCAACAUUCCUGGGCGCAGAUAUCCUGUUGAUAUACAUUACACAUCUCAGCCGGAAGCUAACUACCUCGCAGCAGCCAUUACGACGGUUUUCCAGAUCCAUAUAACUCAGGGCAGAGGUGACAUCCUCGUGUUUCUGACAGGUCAAGAGGAGAUAGAAGCUGCAGAGCAAAAUCUUCAGGAGACUGCUAGAAAGCUGGGAGGAAAAGUACCCGAGAUGAUCAUUUGUCCGAUCUACGCCAACUUACCGUCAGAAUUACAGACUAAAAUCUUUGAACCUACUCCUCCUGGUGCUAGAAAGGUGGUCUUGGCAACGAAUAUUGCCGAAACGAGUUUGACUAUUGAUGGAAUUGUAUACGUGAUUGACCCGGGCUUUGUCAAGGAAAAUGUGUUCAACCCUCGCACCGGAAUGGAGAGUUUGGUUGUCACGCCAUGUUCUCGAGCAUCUGCAGGCCAAAGAGCAGGAAGAGCUGGCCGUGUUGGACCCGGCAAAUGCUUCCGACUCUACACUAAAUGGGCCUAUCAUAACGAGUUGGAAGCAAAUACCACCCCAGAAAUUCAGCGGACAAACCUGAGCAGUGUGGUUCUAAUGCUGAAGUCCCUUGGGAUUGACGAUCUACUGGAUUUCGAUUUUAUGGAUCCGCCUCCUGCUGAAACGCUCAUCCGUGCUCUUGAGCAGCUGUAUGCUCUUGGGGCCCUGAAUGAUCAUGGAGAACUCACCAAAAUCGGAAGACAAAUGGCAGAAUUCCCUACUGACCCCAUGCUCGCAAAGGCUAUCCUUGCUGCCGGUAAAUACGGAUGUGUCGAGGAAAUCCUGUCCAUUAUUGCUAUGCUUGGCGAGGCCAGUGCCUUAUUUUACAGGCCAAAGGAUAAAAAGAUCCAUGCAGACAGCGCUCGAGCACGGUUCACAGUAAAAGAUGGCGGCGACCAUCUAUCGCUUCUAAACAUCUGGAACCAGUGGGUCGACUCCGACUUCAGCUAUGUUUGGGCUAGAGAAAAUUUCCUCCAGCAACGAAGCCUCACGCGCGCUCGUGAUGUGCGAGAUCAAUUGGCCAAGUUAUGUGAUCGCGUUGAAGUGGCAGUUAGCACGGCUGGUGCCAACAAUCUGGUCCCCAUCCAGAAAGCGAUCACGGCGGGCUUCUUCCCCAACGCAGCACGCCUACAGCGGGGCGGCGACAGUUAUUGGACGGUGAAAAACGGUCAAACUGUCUAUCUCCAUCCGUCGAGCACGUUGUUCGAAGUGAACCCGAAAUGGGUUAUUUACCAUGAACUGGUUCUCACAAGCAAGGAGUACAUGCGGAGCAAUAUGCCGUUGCAGCCGGAGUGGCUUGUUGAGGUGGCGCCGCAUUAUCAUAAGCAGAAGGACUUGGAGACUCUAGCCAAUCGGAAGCUUGAGGUUUGUGCUGCAAUAGGAGCGCUCUCAUUGGACAAAAAUUGCCUCGGUUCGGCGAACAAGGAGCCGUCGAAUCGAAUGCGGAGAGCUCGAUCGCAAGGCCGCCGGCGCAAACCUAGGCAGGAUUCACGAGAAGCCGUGAUUUCGACAGAUCUGGCGGUGUCUUUUAACCAGUUCCAGAACCGUCUGAGAUACCCCAGAAACGCUCCUGAGCUGCAUUCCCAACCUCACGAAAUGUCGAAAACCUUCACGCCCACGGAGGUUGCCGAGCACAAGACCGCCGACAAGGGUCUCUACAUCAUUGUCGACUCCGGCGUGUACGAUAUCACCAACUUUGUCGACGAGCAUCCCGGAGGCGCGAAGAUCUUGAAGCGUGUCGCUGGAAAAGACGCCUCAAAGCAGUUCUGGAAGCGAGAGAUUGGAGAGCGCGGAUCGACGUCGUUGGAUAACGUUUUAUCCAAAACGUCAGAUCUAAUGAGCACAUCACACCCCUACCGCGCCAUUCGCGCAAAGUUCACCCCCGACACCAUCACCGUCUACCAAGCCUACUCCGCCGAGAUCGCCCUCCCUGCGGUCCGCGCCGGAAAGUUCGUGGCCCCAUUCAAACGCACACGCAUGACGUGGAUCAAACCCUCCUUCCUCUGGAUGGCCUACCGCUCCGGCUGGGCCUCAAAGCCCAACCAAGAGCGCAUCCUCGCCAUCGAAAUCUCCCGCGCCGGCUUCGAAUGGGCCCUCUUAAACAGCUUCGUAAACACCCACGAUCCCGCCUUCUACGGGGACCACCGGGCGCUGGAGGAGAGGAAGCGGAAUACGUGCGUCCGGGUGCAGUGGGAUCCGGAGCGGGAUUUUGGGUUUGAGCCGCUGCCGUAUAGGUCGAUUCAGGUUGGGUUGAGCGGGGAGGCGGUGGAGCGGUAUGUGGACGAGUGGAUUGUGGCGAUUGAGGAUGUGACUGAGUUGAUGGUUGGGAUGGGACGGCUGGUUGCUGAGGGGAAGAUCGAGGAGGCUAGGGAGUUGAUGCCGGUUGAGAAGGCGUACCCGCUCCCGGAAGAGGUUGCGAAGGUUGUGGGAGCGUCAUGA